CAGCACACCCGUAUUUCCUGCAUUGACCUCACCGCCAACAUCACUUUAAUCCUUUCUUCUUCUCCUUUUCAAAUCACCUCUCACUCAUCUCAGUUGCCCUUUCGACCACUUUUUGAUAUCUUCAAUGCCCGACAUGGCGCGCUAUGACCCGUUUUCACCUUCGUUUGAACAUCCUCUUCUCAAUUCCAGCCCGGACUACGGUUCACGAAAUGGUUUUCGGACGAGUCGUGCUAUCGGUGACAUAGGCUUGGUAGACUCUCACAUGUCCUUCAGAGAGCGAAAUAAACGUCUGAGAAACCUUGACGAUGAAAAGAAUCAACUCAUAGAGGAUCUGCUGUAUCAACUCGAAACGACCCAAAACCAGCUCGAUCGCCUACAACUGGACCACAGCCGCGAAGUUUCCUAUAACAGAGAUAACCAAAUGCGAGAGUCCUCCCUAAAUGAACAAAUACUGCAAGUGAAGAACAUUAUGGAUCGAAAUCCCUUCAUUACCGUUCUUAUUGAUGGCGAUAACAUCAUAUUCACGAAAGAGCUAUUGUCCAAGGGCGAAAGAGGCGGUAAAGAGGCUGCAAAUUUCAUUUUUGACUCGGUUCACACGUUUGCAACCACCAAUCUCCACCAUCUCGACUCGCCCAAGAUUGUUGUACGACUCUAUGCCGAUGUUAAAUCCAUGUCUGAGACACUUGCGAGGUCCAAGGUUAUUGAACGUCCACUGCUGUUUGAGGAAUUCGUUCGAGGACUCAACAGCACGCAGUUGCUUUUUGACUUCAUUGACGUCGGAGCGAGACCUGAUGCCACCAAGGAAAAACUGAGCGAACAAUUUCAGACAAGCUUGUAUGACUGUCACUGUCACCAAGUUAUACUAGGUUGCUCCAGUGACAGCCACUACGCUUCUUUGCUCGAAGACACACUUAAAGAUAGCACGGUACUGGACCAUAUCACUCUUCUGGAGAGCAUUCCAUUUGAGAAAAACCUCGCCACAUUGAAAGAUCAGUUCAAAAUCAUCAAGUUUGACAACAUAUUUCGCACGACGAAGCUCUGCCCUUCACAGGCUUUGCCGAAGGGUCCAUUGCAAGCGGUCACUGCAACAUUGCCAGCACUUUCACGUGUCGAGUCCAAUACCACGAAUGGAACGGGUUCUAGCUCAAGCACUCCAGCUAUGACCUGGGCCAGUCUGACAGCCCAGCCUGCUCCAGUCCCGGCAGUUUCUGCGCCAAAAGCAGGCAGUACCCGAACAUCCACGCCGACAUCCUUGAGAAGCCCAGAACCAGUCAGUGCCGUCGCUUCCACUGGGAAAAGCAUCGAUCGGAAUCGUAACGGUCAGAGAAUCGACAAGGUCGACUCCACGAUACCGAAUUAUGAGAUCCAGAGAAUCAAAAAAUUGAAACUGUGCAAUAUUUACUACCUUCAAGGGCCAGAAUAUUGCACCUCGAACAAUUGCUCACACUCUCAUACCUAUCCGUUGUCCAAAGGAGAGCGCAAUGUGUUGCGUGAGGUCGCACGAAUGACGCCGUGCUAUUACAAGAUGGAUUGCUCCGACCCAGAGUGCAUUUAUGGACACCGGUGCCCGCAGAAUGAUCCAAAUCGACAAGAUUGCUGGUACGGUGACAAAUGCAGGUUCAUCGGAUUUGGCCAUGGCAUCGAUACUAGAGUGGUCAAGACCACAAGGGUAUAAGUUGCAGCUGAAUCGACCGGCCUUGGGUAUUACCAAGCUUCAUACUGUUGGAGUCUAUUUAAACCUCUUUUGCUGCUGAAGUAAAGAGUAUCGUAUCAAACCCACACCUCGGCUCGAUGCCGAGCGGGCAAUUUGCUAGCAGAACUUCAAUCGGGAAAAUCAGGGUGUACAUUUGUUGGGGUCUUUUCACGAACUCGCAAACUGCGAAGAGGCGCUAGGAGAAGUAAUAUCUGAGAUACCCACGGACAGAACGACUUUCUACUUUUUCGGGCCUAUCGCAGGGUGGAUAGUAAACUUGAUUAUUGAGCAAACAAUGGAAUUCGUGCUAUGACUGUUACUACACUCUCCU